AGAAUCCUCCCAGCGUUACCAUUGUAUGACAUUGAACGGGGCCAGCAGUGUGCAGGUUCUCCGGGUGAGGCCUGUGCCCUGGCAGACACUGCUCCUGGAGCUACGUGUCAGGUCAUUUCUGCACACCACCUCUGGGAACGGAUGAAGUGACGCCCCCACUGCGAGAGAGGAGCCUCUAGGACCCGCUACAAGAGUUUGGGACCAAAGAGAGGAGAAUGGAUCUUGGUACAGCUGAAAGCACCCGGUGCCCCGACCCGCCUGCAGGCAAGCCCGCGAUGGCGGCCAAACGCAAAGGCGGCCUGAAGCUCAACGCCAUCUGCGCCAAGCUGAGCCGCCAGGUGGUGGUGGAGAAGGGAGCGGAGGCCGAGGACAGCCCACUGCGGCCCCGGGACAAAGUGCGCAGUGGCCCUGAGGCGGGGGUGGCCCGGGCCCCCCGCAGCGAAGAGGACAAGAGGCGGGCGGUGAUCGAGAAGUGGGUGAACGGGGAAUACAGCGAGGAGCCGGCACCCACGCCCGUGCUGGGGCGGACUGCCCGGGAGGGUCUGGAGCUGCCACCCGAGGGCGUCUACAUGGUGCAGCCCCAGGGCUGCAGCGACGAGGAAGACCACGGCGAGGAGCCCCCCAAGGAUGGCGGCGUCGUGGAGGAGAAGGACUCGGACGGGGCAGCCUCCAAGGAUGAUAGUGGCCCCAGUGCCAAGCAGGCUUCAGGAGAGGCCUCCUCGCUGCGGGACUACGCGGCCUCCACCAUGACCGAGUUCCUUGGCAUGUUUGGCUAUGAUGACCAGAACACGAGGGACGAGCUGGCCGGGAAGAUCAGCUUCGAGAAGCUGCAUGCGGGCUCCACGCCAGAGGCGGCCACCUCCUCCGCGCUGCCCGCCUCCGAGGACGCCCUCAGCAAGCGGGCGCGGUUCUCCAAGUAUGAGGAGUACAUCCGCAAGCUCAAGGCCGGCGAGCAGCUGUCCUGGCCGGCCCACGGUACCACAGCCGAGGGACGGGCCAGCAAGGAGGCCCUGAGCUCCCUGCCUGGCCUGCGGCUGCCCAGUAGCACCGCGCACCUGGAGACCAAGGCCACCAUCCUGCCCCUGCCCUCACACAGCAGUGUCCCCAUGCAGGGCCUGGUGGCCCGUGCCUCCAAGUACGACUUCUUCAUCCAGAAACUGAAGACGGGUGAGAACCUGCGGCCCCAGAACGGGAGCGCCUACAAGAAGCCGUCUAAGUACGACCUGGAGAACGUCAAGUACCUGCACCUCUUCAAACCCGGGGAGGGCAGCCCCGACAUGGGAGGGGCCAUCGCCUUCAAGACGGGCAAGGUGGGGCGCCCCUCCAAGUACGACGUCCGGGCCAUCCAGAAGCCGGGCCCCGCCAAGGUUCCGCCCACCCCCAGCCUGGCUCCUGCACCCCUCGCCAGCGUGCCCACUGCUCCCAGUGCCCCCGGGCCAGGCCCUGAGCCACCUGCCUCCCUGCCUUUCAACACUCCCGAGUACCUGAAGUCAACCUUCUCCAAAACAGACUCCAUCACCACGGGGACCGUCUCCACUGUCAAGAACGGAUUGCCCACAGAUAAACCAGCUGUCACUGAAGAUGUAAACAUUUACCAGAAAUAUAUUGCCAGGUUCUCAGGCAGUCAGCACUGUGGCCACAUCCACUGCGCCUACCAGUACCGCGAGCACUACCACUGCCUCGACCCCGAGUGCAACUACCAGUCCAGGGUGCUGGCCUUGGGGCAGCCUGGGCUGCCUCAACCCAACAGAAUGAUUUGUAAGGAGACCGGAGGGCCCUGGGGCCAGGCCCAGCCUCCUGCCCACCAGGCCCUCUCCCGGCAGAGGUUCACGAGCAAGCAGGACGUGAUCCGGCACUACAACAUGCACAAGAAGCGGGACAACUCCCUGCAGCACGGCUUCAUGCGCUUCAGCCCACUGGACGACUGCAGCGUCUACUACCACGGCUGCCACCUCAACGGGAAGAGCACCCACUACCACUGCAUGCAGGUGGGCUGUAACAAGGUGUACACGAGCACGUCGGACGUGAUGACCCACGAGAACUUCCAUAAGAAGAACACCCAGCUCAUCAACGACGGCUUCCAGCGCUUCCGAGCCACUGAGGACUGCGGCACGGCCGACUGCCAGUUCUACGGGCAGAAGACCACGCACUUCCACUGCAGGCGCCCCGGCUGCACGUUCACCUUUAAGAACAAGUGUGACAUCGAGAAGCACAAGAGCUACCACAUCAAGGACGACGCCUACGCCAAGGAUGGCUUCAAGAAGUUCUACAAGUACGAGGAGUGCAAGUACGAGGGCUGUGUGUACAGCAAGGCCACCAACCACUUCCACUGCAUCCGCGCCGGCUGCGGCUUCACCUUCACCUCCACCAGCCAGAUGACCUCCCACAAGCGCAAGCACGAGCGCCGGCACAUCCGCGCCUCGGGCUCGGCCGUGCUGGGGCUGCCGCCCUCGCUGCUGGGCGCCAAGGACACGGAGCACGAGGAGUCCAGCAACGACGACCUGGUUGACUUCUCUGCCCUGAGCAGCAAGAACUCCAGCCUCAGCGCCUCCCCCACCAGCCAGCAGUCCUCCGCCUCCCUGGUCACCGCCACUGCCACCUCCGAGGCUGGGCCCAGUACCACCAAGCCUCCCAACAGCAAGAUCUCGGGGCUGCUGGCCCAGGGCCUGCCUGGCUCCAUCCCCCUGGCGCUGGCCCUCUCCAGCUCGGGCCUGCCCAGCGCUGCGCCCUACUUCCCCAUCCUUCCGGGCCGGGGCAGCACCUCCCUGCCUGUGGGUGCCCCCGGCCUCAUGGGUACCAUGUCGUCAGGGACGGCAGCCUCAGUAACCCCCGACACACCUGCUCUGGCUGCCUCGGGAGCUGGCGACUCGGCCGCAGCGGCAGCUGCCUCUGUCCCGGUGCCCCCUGCCUCCAUCAUGGAGAGGAUCUCUGCGAGCAAGGGCCUCAUCUCGCCCAUGAUGGCCAGGCUGGCUGCGGCCGCCCUCAAGCCCUCUGCCACCUUUGACCCAGGAAAUGGGCAGCAGGCCACCCCUGCCAGGUUCCCCCCAGCCCCGGUGAAGCAGGAGCCCGGUGAGAGUGCUGGCGCCCCAGGUCCCCACGAGGCCUCCCAGGACCGCAGUUUAGACCUGACUCUGAAGGAGCCCAGUAAUGAAUCAAAUGGCCACGCAGUCCCGGCAAAUUCAUCUCUUUUAUCCUCGCUUAUGAAUAAGAUGUCUCAGGGCAAUCCCAGCCUCGGCAGCCUGUUGAACAUCAAGACAGAAGCGGAGGGGAGCCCCGCCGGGGAGUCCUCGCCCUUCCUGGGCAAGGCCGUGAAGGCGCUGGUUCAGGAGAAGCUGUCAGAGCCCUGGAAGGUCUACCUUCGCAGGUUUGGCACCAAGGACUUCUGCAACGCGCAGUGUGACUUCCUCCACAAGGCCCACUUCCACUGCGUGGUGGAGGAGUGCGGCGCGCUCUUCAGCACCCUGGACGGGGCCAUCAAGCACGCCAACUUCCACUUCCGGACAGAGGGAGGAGCAGUGAAAGGAAAUGUGGAGGCUUCCUUCCCGGCCUCGGCUGCUGAGACCAAACCUUCCUUGGCCCCCUCAUCCCCUCCAGCGCCUCCCAUCACCACGGCCACGGCUUCCUCUCUCGAGGGGCCCACUCCCAGCCUGGCCGCAGUGCCCUCCAGCCCCACCCUGCUCGCCUGGAAGCAGCUGGCUUCCACCAUACCCCAGAUGCCUCAGAUUCCAGCGUCAGUGCCUCACCUGCCCACUUCGCCCUUGGCAACGACUUCUCUAGAAAACGCCAAGCCCCAGGUCAAACCCGGAUUCCUCCAGUUCCAGGAGAACGAUCCUUGCCUCGCAACGGACUGCAAGUAUGCCAACAAGUUCCACUUCCACUGUCUCUUUGGGAACUGCAAGUACGUCUGCAAAACCUCCGGGAAGGCCGAGUCCCACUGCCUGGACCAUAUCAAUCCCAACAACAACCUCGUGAACGUGCGAGACCAGUUUGCGUACUACUCCCUGCAGUGCCUCUGUCCCAACCAGCACUGCGAGUUCCGGAUGCGCGGGCACUACCACUGUCUCAGGACCGGCUGCUACUUUGUGACCAACAUCACCACCAAGCUGCCGUGGCACAUAAAGAAACAUGAGAAAGCUGAGCGGCGGGCAGCCAACGGAUUCAAGUACUUCACCAAGCGUGAGGAGUGCGGCAGGCUAGGCUGCAAGUACAACCAGGUGAACAGCCACUUCCACUGCAUCCGGGAGGGCUGCCAGUUCUCCUUCCUCCUCAAGCACCAGAUGACCUCCCACGCCCGGAAGCACAUGCGGAGGAUGCUGGGGAAGAACUUCGAUCGCGUGCCCUCCUCCCAGGGCCCCCCGAGCUUGAUGGACACCGAGACGGACGAGUACAUGGAUUAUACUGGCUGCAGCCCGGGCGCCGUGUCCUCUGAGUCCUCCACCAUGGACCGAAGCUGCUCCAGCACCCCUGUGGGCAACGAGAGCACCGCAGCAGGCUGCCCGGCUCCUCCUCCUCCUGCCGCCGCCGCUGACGAGGCUGCCCGCGUGGCUCCGCAGCCCCCACUGACCCCAUCCUUCUCUGCGGCCGUGCUGCGGGCGCCCCUCCCCUCCCUGCCAUGCCUCUUUUCUCCACCCUGUCUCUCAUACUCUCUGCUCAGUGCCUCUCUCGGAGCCACCCGGGGCCUGGCCCACCCCAUCAGCAGCCCGCCCAGCUUCCCGCCCGUCACUGCCACUCCAACUCCAGUAAAAAGUGACGCCCCCCUAGUUCAGGACGCCGCAGGGAACACCAUCUCCAUGCCGACAGCCUCCGGGGCCAAAAAGCGCUUCUGGAUCAUUGAGGACAUGUCCCCGUUCGGCAAGCGGCGCAAGACGGCCUCCUCGCGCAAGAUGCUGGACGAGGGCAUGAUGCUGGAGGGCUUCCGGCGCUUCGACCUCUACGAGGACUGCAAGGACGCGGCCUGCCAGUUCUCGCUCAAGGUCACCCACUACCACUGCACGCGCGAGAACUGCGGCUACAAGUUCUGCGGGCGCACGCACAUGUACAAGCACGCGCAGCACCACGACCGCGUGGACAACCUCGUGCUGGACGACUUCAAGCGCUUCAAGGCCUCGCUCAGCUGCCACUUCGCCGACUGCCCUUUCUCGGGCACCAGCACGCACUUCCACUGCCUGCGCUGUCGCUUCCGCUGCACCGACAGCACCAAGGUCACGGCGCACCGAAAGCACCACGGCAAGCAGGACGUGAUCAGCGCGGCGGGCUUCUGCCAGUUCAGCUCGAGCGCCGACUGCGCCGUGGCCGACUGCAAGUACAAGCUCAAGUGCUCGCACUUCCACUGCACCUACCCCGGCUGCCGCCACACGGUCGUGGGCAUGUCGCAAAUGGACUCGCACAAGCGCAAGCACGAGAAGCAGGAGCGCGGCGAGCCGCCCGCCGCCGCCUCCCCCGGCGCCGAGGGCCCCGCGCCCGGCCCGGCCGCCAGCCUGGACUGCGCGCCCCCGCCCGGCGCCGAGCCCGCCGCCGCCCUGCUCUUCCUGCCCGGCCCGGGGCGGGGUCCGGACGACGCGGGCGACCCCCGCCCGCCCGACGCCCCCGGGCCCCGCGCCGGCCCCGCCGCGCCCGGCCCCGCGGCCGGCGAGUCGUCGCAGGAGGACGACGAGGAGGAGCUGGAGCUGAACGAGGAGGAGGCGGACGACGACGAGGACGACGACGACGAGGACGACGAGGACGACGACGAGGACGACGACGACGACGAGGACCUGCGCACCGACUCGGAGGAGUCGCUCUCCGAGGCGGCGGCGGCGGGGCCGGGGUCGCGGAGCCUGGAGCUGGCGGCCCUCGGCGCUCCCGCGCCCCCCGGCCCCACGCCUGCCGCCGCCGCCUCCCCGUAGCCGCGGGGCCCGUGGCGCGUGGGGGGCCGGCCGCGCCCGGCGCCCUCGGGAUCUUGCCGCUUUAUUCUAUUGUUGUUAUUAUUAUUAUUAUCAAUUUUGUAAGAAACGGUAUUUAUAUGUAAAGCUUCCCUUGUACAGAGCUAGGUGUUCGCCGCGCCCCGGCGUCGAGAGGCGCUCCGGGCCCGGGGCCGCCCCGCCGGUGCUUCCGGACCCCGAGUCCGUCUCAGGACAGAGGCGGGGGCCUCCCUCUGGUGCUCCGGGGCUGCCCCCGCGCCCGCCCGCCCCGCCCGCGCGGCAGCUGGGCGGCCGGAAGGACAGAGGCUGCCCGGGACCCUCCUCAGCCGCAGUUCGGGGAUCUUCUUCAGGGAAAUAGAAGGUGCUCUUGUCCGGGGUGGGAACGAGGGGCAGGAGGCCCGGAGGGCGAGGAGGGCGGCGACCCCGGGCGGCUGCCCCACGCGCCCUCCCCGCGCCGGACCCCGGGCCCCCCGAGCACGCCGGUGGGAUUCCUCAUUGCUCAGGGCUGGGACGGGCGCCGGGGGUCGCCGCGACCCCCGCCCCUCACCACCGGAGGCGGGCCGGCACUUGUGGCACCUGGCAGGGCCUCCCAUUCGUGCAGCUAAGACCCUCCCUCCCGGUCCUGGGGGAGGGCGGGGCAGGAGGCGUCCGGCGGGCGACACUACAGGGACCGCGGAGGGAACCUCCUGGACUCGGCAGAGCGGGGAGCUCCGGAUCACUCUGCCCCCAGCGCGGGGCCUGGUCGGGGUGUCCGUCCCGAGGGCUGGGGCCUGGGAAGGGGUGCGUCUGCUCGCUGGUGCUGGGCUGCUGGGCCCGCAGGGCGUCUCUGCCACCCAGGUGGUGAGAACAGGAAGGAUGCGACUGUUUGGGGCUUUAAUAGUCAACAUGGAAAAAAAUACGAGAAAGUUGUACAGUAUUUUUCCUGUAAAGGUUAUUAUUCUACAUAGAACAAAAGAAGAAAAAAAAAAAAGCAGGCGGGCGGCUAGAGCGCAGACCGCCUCCGGACCAGCCCUGAGGUUGGAGACCCGAGUGCAAUUGCUCACGUGGGGUUUUGUUUAGCGUUUAGAGGCCUUACCAGUGUGAGGCUGUCCGUCUUUACACUAGCACUGAUGGGAGCUGCGUGAUUCCAACUUUUAACUUGAAUUUCGUAGAGACAAGAAAAAAGGACUGUUAUUACUGAUACAAGUUUGUAGUUAAUUUAACAUUUGAGUUUUUCUCUAUUGGUUAUGCGUGUGGCUUUAUAGGGCUUUUUUCUUCCCAGUUUGUUUUAUUAAUUUCUUUGGGAUACUUCUUUGCUGGUGCAACCCACCCGGAUUUGGUUCCUUUUGCAAAUCCCAGCCCCCCACCCCUGCCACCCUCCCUCAGCAAUGAGCUCACCGAGCCCAGAGCCAGCCGGGACCCACCUGGCAGGUACAUGCCCGGCCAAUGGCUCUGAGGGCGACAGGGACGGAGGGCAGGCUGCCCAAGGCCGCUCCUGUGCAUCUUCACUCCAGGCCGGGCCACCAGCCCUGUCUCAGGUUGGGCCCUGUGACAUGGCCACAGGGAGAGUGCGAGGCCCAGCCUGGGGGAGGGGCCGUCACCCAGAGCCUCCUCCCCAG